AAAUAUAAUGGCUAACCAUUAUGAUGUUCCCAAUUGGUAAGAAUUAUAUGCAUAUUAAUUUUAACUUAUACUUACAACUAUUGAGUAUUAUUAUAGGUAGGUAAUAUUACAUAAAAUAAUUUUAUGUUUUGGUUCGUUUUUAGGGCUGGUAAACCUCCGGUUGGUUUGCAUUUGGAUGUAUUAAAAGGAGACAAAUUAAUUCAAGUGAGUUAAUCAAAUUACACAAGUAACUAAUAACAAAGUUUUAUACUAAUUUGUUACUUAUAGAAACUAAUGUUGGAUCAGAAAAAAUGCUACUUGUUUGGACGCAAUGCUCAAAUGUGUGACUUUUGUAUUGAUCAUCAGUCAUGUUCCAGAGUUCAUGCAGCUUUUGUUUACCACAAGCAUUUGAAUAGAGCGUUUUUAGUCGAUCUUGGAUCUAGUAAGUUAGAAAUAAUAUUUUUUGAAUUUUGUUAAGUUUGAUGUGUUUUACAACAUAGUACAAUAGCCUUUUAAUAUUUCAAAGCUCAUUAUUUAUUUUAUUUUUUUUUAUGUAGCUCAUGGUACAUAUAUUGGUAGCAUUCAAAUUGAAGCAGAUAAGCCUACACAAUUGCCUAUAAAUAGCCAAUUCCAUUUUGGUGCAUCAACUCGAACAUACAUCAUACGUGAACGACCCCAAUCUACAUCGGCUUUCGGACCUCGGCCCAUUAUGGACCAGUUAGAAAGAGAAUCUGAUAAUGCGUCCAGUUUAUUAGGGUUACCAGAAACUGAUCUUGAACUUGAUGUACUUAUAGACAAUCUAAAUUAAAAAAUAUUCUGUGUGAAUCAUUAAUAUUAUUUGUUUUAUAGAAUUUGACGGAAUUUAAUACAGCUCAAAAUCGACGCAUUUCAAUGCUUGGCAUAUCAGAAGAUUCAUUGAAAAUAAAACGAAAACGGACUAGAGGAGUUCAUUUUAACGAAGAUGAACAGAUAAUAAAUCCAGAAGAUAUUGAUCCGUCAGUUGGUCGUUUCAGAAACCUUAUUAGAACUACUGUCAUACCAAAUAAAGUAAAUAUAUAAUAAUCUAGAGGUUCACGUUAAAAUUGUAUUGACAUUUGACUUAUUAAUAAUUGGGUAAUAUCUUACAGAAAUUCAAAGAUACCAUGGGUUUUGCUAUUGACCAGAAUAUUUCCAAUAACCAAAGUAAAAACUUCAUGAAAAAUAUGAUUCCCGGAGCUCAUUUAAGUAAUUCACUUUACAGCGAUAUUCCAGGUAAUGGCUAUCUAUUACUAAUAUUUUUAUUUGAUUGAUUAUUAAUACAAAUUUUUGUUUAGGUCCUGAAGGUGAUAAGUCACAUGGAUUCUUAUCCUCGAUUGGUAAUCGUCUGGGUAUGAAUUUACCAAAUCCUGCACCAGAUGUGGACAUUAAUCCCAGCAUAGAAGAAACAGUCGCUCCUAAUCCAGUGGUGACGGAAAAAGUAGAACCAACUUCCAAUGAACCCAAAAAGAAAAAGUAUGCAAAAGAAGCAUGGCCUGGGAAAAAAAAUGCACCAGCAUUACUCGUUUAAAACAAUUUUUAUUUAAUUAUCGAGGUUUGUCAUCAAUUUGUUCAAUUAUUUAAAAUUUGAUUACUUAAGAGUUUAAUAAUGAGCUCUGGCUUUCAAAUUAUGAUUUUUGAAUCAAGUUCAUUCACUACUGUUAUAAUAAUUAAAUAUUAAAGCUAAUAUUAAGCUGUGUGUGUGUUUGGAAAUCAAUAAAAUCUUUAAUGCUAUAUUUCUUGAUGUACACUGAAUUUUAUAGCUAUUUCGUCAACUCAAACUUAAUAUUAUAUUUAUACCUCAUAUCUUUUUUUGAAAUGUAUUUCUAAUUGUACGUUAUCCCUAAUGAUUGUAUUAUUCAUGUAAACAUUUUAGAAAAAAAAAAUUGUUUAAUUAAUAGAAAUAAUAAAUAGCAGCACAUUAUUCAAUUUAUAUUCAAUUAUGAUGACAUUUUACUGAACAUAUAAUUAAAGACCAGAUUUUUAUGUUUUUACUGAUACUAUGCAAUUUGUUUUUUUGGCAAUUUAUUUGUCAAUGAGCUGUAUUUUUAAUACUUUUAAACAGUUGCAAUUUAUAUAAUUAGAGGGUAUAUCAUUGAUUAUUAUUGUGUACACCAGAUUCUAGAAUACCAUAAUUUUCUCAAUGAUUUAUCGAGACCUGUUCUCUGUGGGAAGGUAUCAUAAUACUCCCAAGAUACAUCUACCUAUCAUAGAAGAUGACAAAUAGGAUUAUGCCAGGUAGUCAUCCAAUAUAAAAUUGAGUAUGAGGAGUUCUAAACUAAACAUUUCGGAGAAAUAGUUAGGAUCAAGGCGAAGGAGAAAAAGAUUAUCAAGAUUACCAAGGAUUUCCAUGAUUACUAAACAUUUUUACACUGAUAUCUUUUAGUGAUU